AUGCGAUUUCGCGUGCUCAACUGGAACUUUAGACUGUCAAAUUCAUCUCAUUUUCAACCAGAAAUCUCUCAAUCUAAUGUGCGCACAUUAGAACUUCCUCCAGGAACUCCAUUUCAUUCACAAAUUUCAUUAUAUUUGCAGUCAUGUUUUGUAGAUAAUUUGAAACAUGAAUUUAUGUUGAGUGCUGGUUUGAUGUUGAAACAAGACUUUCAACUUAUGAUAACUUGCCCUUAUAAGUAG